UAUCAAUUAUCAAAUAAUAAAAGAGAGAAUAAUAAUAAUAACUAGUCUUCAUGUUUACAAACAAGUGCACCUCAUACAAACAUGAAUCCAACCAUAAUUACAAAUUCUAAAAUUGAUGCAACAAGAAGUCGUGCAGUCACAGCUUAUUUAGAUGAAGACAGCAUUACUAAGAGUACUGAGGCUAAUUUUCGAUUGCAGAUUCGUCAAUUAAAUGAUGAAAAUGCCUUGCUUCGUGAUGAAUUAGUACGGAUUGAAGAGUCAGCUUUGCUUCAUGAACGUCAUGCUUUUAAAGUUCAGCAAAAGUUUGACCGAAUCAAGAGAAAUUUUGAGCGUUUAGAAAAAGAAAGUGAUGAACAUAAAGAGUUAAUUAAUAAUUUGGAAACGCAAGAAAAACGUUGUCGAGAAGCUCUACGAAAAGUUGAAAAAAAUCAUCAAACUGACAUUAAAAAACUUCAGAUUGAUAAUAAAACGCUUAGUUCAGCACUUGAGGAAAGUAACCGAGCGAAAUUUGAAUAUCUUAAUCAACUGCGCCAAAGUCGGACAAACUUAACAGAAGAAACUUUAAAGCUUAAAUCGUUACAAUAUAAAGUUGAGGAAUUAUCUCAAAUCAAAACAAAUAUGGAAGAUUACUAUCGAAAAAAAAUUCAAACUCUGCAAGAUACAAUUGAUUGUUUGAAAAAUGAAAAUUCGAGUUUUCUACCGGUGAUGAGUGUUCAACAUUCAGAAGUACCUACAUCCACGGUUAUUAUUAAAAGUAGCACAGUUCCUUUGUUAGAAGAAGAUGACUGUAUCAUUGAAUAUAUACAGAAUUCAUGCAAGAGUAAAGUCCAGCAUUCUUUAUAUACAGAAUUGAAAUCUUUAGGAAUAUCACCGGAAAAAAAAGAUUAUAAAAAUAAAAGAGAAUGGUACAGUAACGAAAUCGAAAAGGCCAUUCAACAGAUUGAUAGAAUCGCCGAAAUUUUAAUGUUGUAUAGAAGUCGUGAGAUUGUGUCUGAAGCGGAAGAAAUUAUAGACAAUGAGUGUGAGAAUGAAGAAAAAUUUUUAUGCGGCAUUUUUUUUCAAAAAAUUACUGCACUAUCUUGUAUUUUGUCCAAAGAACUUAGUGAGACCAAUGCAGGUUCACAAGUUUCAUUUAGCGCAGAUCUAGAAAAACACCAAGAAAUAAAAAUUCAAUCCUUCAAUAAGUUACUAUCAUCUCACCUAUUAUCCCGAAAAUCAGUAAUGCUACUUGGCUCUGGAUUGAGUCGUUCCAUCUCUUGGUACCUGACAAUUUUGUAUUUUGCUAUCGCAUUCAUAUUAUGGUUAUGCAUAAAAUAUGAUAAUUCAUUUAAUUUCAAUUUAUUAUACGCUGGUCUUUCAUUCAAGUGGUGGUCAUUUGAAGAAAUUAUCGAACAUGAAAUUGGUAUUCAUAAAAUAUUACCAAGACCAUUGUAGCCAUCAGUGAAAUUCUGGUGAAGUUGGUUCAUGUUCCAGGGAUUCAUUUGAUUGAAUAAGAUACAACUCAAUCAGAUAGCAUUUCACUGAAAAGAGUGUUCAUUAUUAUUUAAUAAAAAAAUGAUUUGCUUA